AUAUUGAAUUUUUGUUUUCAUCCAUGCUCUCUCUAUAUAUAUAUAUGAUUUUGAAUAUAAUUUUGGAGACUUCGAUACCAGUUUACUGCAAGUAAUGAAUUAAUAUAUUAUUGAAAAUCUAUAUAAUAUUUGAUAAAAAAUAUUAUUUUGAAAUAUUGAAACUGAACCCUAAAACUGUAGGAGAAAAGAGAGAGAAGAAGAGAACAAAUUCACAACUACGUAACAGAAAGCAAUAGAGGGAAUAGCCAGAAGCAGAGUCAUUGACGAGGCUCUUCCUCUCAGCGAAGAACACACUCUAUUUUCUGUAAUCGAACAGCAACUUCUUAUUCUUCUUCCUCUUCCAAGCCCUCCACUUUCUCUCUCUCCCUCGCCACUGCACAUUCUGCAAUACCCGACCCGAAUCCCCACGGAUUCGGAGCCCCGCAAUACGACCCCACAUUCAAAGCCUAUUUCCUAGUUAACAUUAUCUUUUAAGCCCAAUACCACAAACAUUGGGUCUCGGGAUUGGCGGCAGAGGGAAGGGUUUAUGAUAUUCGUUUGCAUAGACGUCUUGUCUUUUCCAUUCUUCACUCUGUUCUGCGGCUCCUCUGGUUUUGACGGUGAAAAUCUCGAUACUGUUCUUUACCAUGGUAACUGAAGGAACCGUAAAACCUCAAGUUUCAGUACGUCUACCACCACCACCACCACCACCUCGCAAAAUUAAUGUGCAGAAAUAUGCAGAAUCCCGUGCCCUGGAGCUCCAGAGUCUUCAGUCUAUCAUAGAAAAUAGAGUAAACAAUGAUUAUAGGUCUCAAAGGAACAAGAGAAGAAGAACAACUGCCUUUGAUAACCAAAUUGCAAGAAAAGGGUGCAAAAGAAAGAGGCAGAAACUGGGAAUAGUUGAUAAAGCCCUUGCUGAAUCAAUUUUGGAGAAAGACCAACUAAAAAAUCUUCCCCGCCGUGUUCGUCGGAGAUAUGAACUGAAGAUAAACCCAGAAAAUGGUUUUUGCACUUCUGGGGAUGGAACCAAGAGGAUGAGAACUCAUGUUUGGCAUGCAAAGCGAUUUUCCAUGACCAAGCUUUGGGGUUAUCACCUUCCUUUUUGUAUUCAAGGAAGAGGGAAAGGUUCAAGGGCACUCUUGAAAAGGCUCAAACAAGGGGUUCUUGUACACGAUGCGAGCUAUUAUACUGCUGUUCAAUUGGAGGGUCCAGAGGAUUCAUUACUGUCAGUGUUAAGAAUGGUACUGGAGCCCUCUCCGGCAACAGCAACACAUCCUGAAAAUCAUGAUGACUCUGUUCUUUCUGGUGUAACCUAUGGAAGUGCAAUGCUUUAUCAAGUUGGAGCGUCAGUUCCUCAGCCAAUUGCUCCUGUGACCUAUAUAUGGAGACCCACUUCCCAACAAAAUAUGAGUUCAGAGCUAGAUGGAAGAAAUCAUUAUACUUCAUUUAGACAGCAUGAUAUCAGUAAUGAUUCAAAGGACGAGGAUGUCAAAUUAUGUGAAAAAUCAGACAGAUUGAAGCAGGAUUAUUCAUUUAGACACCUUUGGGUGUGGAUACAUGCUUCUGCCUUUGAAGAAGGAUAUGAUAAUCUAAAACUUGCAUGCCAGAAAGAGAUGGAGAAGAGUGGCAUCUCAAUUAAUUGCUUUACCCUCAAGGGUCAACUUGCAAAAUUAGAAUUAACUGGAUUAGGGACAUUUCAACUUCUUCAGAAGAUAUUACAUCCGGUUGGAGGUAUUUCAGAGAAUCAUUGGCAGUUAAAGAAACAUGUGGCUAUAGAAGAUGAAUAUGAUUUGCAUAAUAGAAAUUCAUCCAUACUAAAAAAUGAGGAUAAUUUUUCUUGUCGUGCUAUAUUAUCUCUUAAUGUCAAGGAUCCUCGAGAGUUGUCUUGGAAGAGGAGUUUUCAAGUGGAGCCCAUGCUAACUAAGGGUCGGAGUGAUGCACAAGAAAAGAAUUACAAUGGGUGUGCUGAAUUGAGAGGAAUUUUGGACGAUAAUAAAUAUUUAUCUCCAUCAUCAUGCUCUAAACAUGAAGAUAGCCAGUCUAAUGUUGAUGAUCUAUGGUAUGCUACAACCAGAGGGCUGAGACCACCAAUGGAAGAUAGCAUCCUUUCCAAGGAGAAACACCAUGAACAUAUGGUUAAUUUCUGCCUUGAUGAUAUUGAUCCUAGGGAGGCCAACUCUUCAACUAAGGUGCAGUGCCUGGGAUCUUGCCCUAUUCUUCUUUUAAAGAAUGAUAUGAAGGAGUUGAUUAUAGGAUGGUCCAUAAUACUUCCUUUAAGUUGGGUCAAAGCCUUCUGGAUUCCACUCAUCUCUAAUGGGGCACGUGCAAUAGGUUUGCAAGAGAAGCAUUGGAUUGCGUGUGAAAUGGGACUACCAUUUUUCCCUUCAGAUUUCCCAGAUUGUAAGGCAUAUUCUUGCUUUAUGGAAGCUAAAGCUGCUGCACUUAAUAAAAAAACAGAACUUCAUCCUCCUUCCAAGAGGAAUUUGAGAGUUCCCAUCCUUCCUCCAUGGGGUAUAGUUCGCAUUACGAUUAACAAAGAGAUUAGUGCAAUGGAGACUCCUAAUCUUUCGACUGAGGAAGAUUUGACAAAUGCUAAUUUAUUACCUAACACUAGCACGGGAAGCUUUAAAAUGUCAAAUUUUGACUCUCAAAGUUCUUCGUUUAAUGGAACUGUAGCAAGGACAGGUUGUAUGCUGACUACUUUCCUCAAUGAAACCAAAGUUGGUCAAUUGCUAUUGUUUCCUUAUGCAUCAGAUGGUAAGGCCACUAUCUCUAAGUUUAUUGAGGGUGAGUUAAAGCUUGAUCCAAGGCAUAGAAGCUCUAUCAUUUAUGACCGUAGGCUAUGUUUUCUAAGAGUUCAUCUUCAUCCAUUCAAGGAAGGAUGUUUUGAAGAGGGUGCAGUUAUUUGUGCUCCAUAUCCAUCUGAUAUAUCUUUAUGGACUUUAAGUUCAGAGAAAAGUGAAAAGCGACUUCAAAUGUCUCAAUCUACUAUGAGAUUAUACUUUAAAGAACAUUCCUCGGGUAACUGGGGACUGGGGACACCAGAUGAUUCAAUUGCUGGAGAGUCUCACCGGUGGCCUAUUGGCUUUGUUACAACAGCUUCUGUCCAAGGAAGCAAAAGGCUAGUAGCACAGGGGUGUUGUGAGGCGGUUUUACUAUCCCAUUUGAGAGAAGAACAGUGGAAGAUGCCUAUGAAGCAGAGGAAGGAGAUAUAUGUCCUCGUUAGGAAUUUAAGAUCUGUAGCGUAUAGACUUGCUCUCGCCUCCAUUGUUCUAGAAUAUCAGGAAAAUGACAUUGAGUUUAUGUAAAUAUAUUUAUUCUGGACAACAUGCAGCUUUGCUACACCAGUGAGAUAGGGAAGAUUUUCCUUGGUAGAAAAGAGAGGAAUACCAAUGGGAAAAAAAGAAAAUGUCAUUUGAGAUUACCACUCUUGUAUAUUUAGCCUUGUAUCUUAUUCGUUGUAUUUACUUCGUUAUUUGGUUUUUUCUUAUGGUUUAAGUUU